UUCUUACCUCUCUUGAUUGCUUUACUCUUUCUACAUCUUCUACGUCCUCUACCCUCUCAUUGUGUGUAUUGUUGAGUGUGUAUGUGUAUGAGUGUAUGCAUGUAUGUGUGUUUGCGUGUGUGUAUAUAUGUAUAUAUAUCUAUAUAUAUAUAAAGUGUCAACUGGAUCAUAAUUUCAGUAUUUCAUUAGGGUUUGUGAAAGCGCCUCACCUGUCAACUUGUAGUCACUUAUUGACUUAGUACAUUACCAGAGGUAUUGACAACAAGCUAGGUUGAGUGCAAAAAUGGCUUGCCAAAGUGGACAAAGACUGUUAAUGGUUCUACUUCUGACCAUUCUGACCAGUUUUGUCACUGCAGCCCCAGUGACCGAGGAAAGUAACGUAACAGAAGUUGCUGAAGUAAGAUUUGAAGACAUUGAAAAGGUUUUGGCUGAUCCAUUUACAGAACUUAGCGAACUUCUAAAAGAACUUGAUGAUGAGUCAGUUCAGAGCAAUAAGACACAUCAUCAUUUGCUUCGAAGUUCUGCUGAUAUUCUGACAGAAAUACGAGCAAACAUUCUAAAGUUUUUAAAUGAUCAUUUUCCAGAUUCGGUGAAUAAAGAACACCCACUAAUGGUGAACUUGUCCUGUCAUUUGAGAACAGAAGAAUAUGAACAUGCAACUUUAGCUGAGCUCUGUCAGAAAUUCUCCGGGGGAACCAUAAGUUAUACAGUGAAAGCUGAUGUGGAUUGCAUCCUGAGUUCCUUGUUUCGCAUAAACAGCUACUUACAAAAAUUGAUAUCAUUUUAUGGCUUGACCGACCUGAAAAAAACUGCGGAGCUGUCUAAAAUGUUGAACUCAUUGGCUGGCCAUUUCCAGACUUCAAAGGAAGAUGUUACUGAGAAAAUGGAAGCUUCCUGUCAGAAUUACACUGCUGCCCUGGCUGCAUCUAAAAUUGGGAUCGCUAAUGGAAUUGGUGUAAAUGAGACAUCAAAUAACACUGAGGUAGCUGAUAGGGCUAGUGUAAAUCAGAAUACAAGUGCUGUUGACGGUAUAAUCCUGUCAGAAGAAGACAAAAAGAAAAAACAAGAGGAGAAUUUUGAGGAAGAGAAAAAGACAAUAGGUGAAAUUAAAAAUAAUGUACACCUUCUCAGUGGAUUAUUAGCCGAAUUUGAAAAAGAAGAAAAAGCAGCUGAAUCACUGGCAGGGCUAGCAGAAUCAAAUGUUACAAUAUCAAGUGAUAUUGAUGCGAUGAUAGCAAAUGUUAAUGCAGAAAAGCCAAAUGCUACUUUGUCAGUAGGAUCAAGUGUUGUUAACUCAACAGAAUCAAAGGUUGUUAAUACAGAUGAGAUAAAAGCUGAUGGAAUUGUAGAAUCAAAUGAUACUUUGUCACAAGGAUCAAGAGUUAACCUAACAGAAUCAAAUGUUGUUAAUACAGAUGAGAUAAAAGUUGGUGAAAUUGUAGAAUCAAAUGAUACUUUGUCACAAGGAUCAAGAGUUAACCUAACAGAAUCAAAUGUUGUUAAUACAGAUGAGAUAAAAGUUGGUGAAAUUGUAGAAUCAAAUGAUACUUUGUCACAAGGAUCAAGAGUUAACCCAACAGAAUCAAAUGUUGUUAAUACAGAUGAGAUAAAAGCUGAUGGAAUUGUAGAAUCAAAUGAUACUUUGUCACAAGGAUCAAGAGUUAACCCAACAGAAUCAAAUGUUGUUAAUACAGAUGAGAUAAAAGUUGGUGGAAUUGUAGAAUCAAAUGAUACUUUGUCACAAGGAUCAAGAGUUAACCCAACAGAAUCAAAUGUUGUUAAUGCAGAUGAGAUAGAAGCUGGUGGAAUUGUAGAAUCAAAUGACACUUUGUCACAAGGAUCAAGAGUUAACCCAACAGAAUCAAAUGUUGUUAAUACAGAUGAGGUAAAAGAUAGUGGAAUUGUAGAAUCAAAUGUUGUUAGCACACUAAAACCACAUGUUACUGAGGCUGGAGAUAAUGUUGAGAAGACUGACAAUGAUGAAAGCAUGCUGAAAAUCCUGAAAUCAGAAACUGGUAUGGCUAACAAUGCAACAAUUGAAAGUGAAGAAUCUGUUAUUGAUGGAGUGAAAGAAAGUUUGGAAAAUAAAGAAGCGUUACAUACCACAAAAGGAACACCUAAAGAAAAUGAUCUGGAAGAAAUAUUUAACAAACUUUUCUAAGUAAAAAUCAAAGAAAUUGUUUUAAAUUUUUUUCUUAACAAAAUAUUGUUUAUUCCUAACAUUAUUCCACUGAUAAUUUCACUUUAUAACUAUUUUUUGUUAAUUAAAUGUAUAGAGUAAAUUUUGUAAUGAUUUAAAAACUAUUUUUGCUUCAAGAUUAAAAUUAAAAAUAAAAUGCAUUUUGAUGUAAA